GUAACGAAGACAGGCACAUCCACACGACCAGUUUGCAGCACAUAAAAACUGUGACUGAUGAAUUGAGGCAAAAUGAAGAAAACCUGACACCUUCGCGGCCAGCUGAGAGGACCCGGCUGUCACGGCUACCGGGAGCCACCACAGGGGGCUCAACUCCUGAGCUGGAGGGACCCCAAGAGCCCACCUUCGAACAGGGAAUCCUGAGAAUGAUGUCGCAGCAGGAUGUGCGCGCUGAGAUCUUCCUCAGGAGCUUUCUGCUGUGGUCGGACACCAUAGAAAUGGUGCGGGUGGCCGGGCACCCCAAAGUGUACAAGUCAGGCUGGGUCUACCCUGUCUACAUCUUCAGUUUCAUUUCUCUUCUUCGAAUGAUACUGACUCCCCGGAACCCGCUUCUGAAUUCCCUGGGCAUCGUGCUCCAGGAUCUACCCUUUAUCUUUGUUAGACUUAGUUUAAUCAUUGGCCUGGGAACGAUCACACCCAUCUUGGGCCUUUGUAAAAAUGUACUCGUGACUCUCUCUUAUGCUUACUUCAAUUACUUAACCAAAUUCAGGAUUUUCUCUCCCUUUGAGAUAUCUUUUUAA